CUAAUUUGUAGAAGAUGCAAGAAAAUUUAGAAGUUCUUGGCCAACUUUGUGAUUAUAUUCAGGAGCACGAAACUCCUACCCUUCAGAGCCAUUUCAAAGCUUGCCAGACUUAUGCUAACUCUUUGCCAUUCGGUAGAGACAUACAUCAUAGAUUCAUCAACUACGCUUCUAAGAAAGGACAACAAGAUCAUCAGAAAUUGAUGAUCGCUUUACAAAUUAUUCAAGCUAUGCGCGGUGUCAUCAGCAAGAAUCCUGAAUGAGAAAAAGUAUUAGAAAAUCUAACUCAAAGAAUUCACAGCGAAUCUUUUAGUGCAAUUAUUAAAAAUUACAAAGAAGAUGACCUUUCCCAGAAUUCAGAAGAUGCUCCUGAUGCUCCAAGGGAUCACAUAUUUGAGGUUCUAACCUAUCUUGCUGACAUUCCAACUAAAAACCUGAACCCUGAACUUAAAGAGGCUCCUUUGUCCAACCUCAAGCACCAAAUUCAGGAAGAACCAAACGAGAAUUUUACCCAAGAAACCAACUCUGAGGCUAAAGAUGACCAAAGUAAUGGCCUCAGUUCUUACACCCACCAAAGAAACAUUUCUUACUCAUAUGAAGAAGCCAAAUCUUCACCAAAUCCUGAACAAGAGGCAAUCCCUGAAGAAAUCAAGUCAGACGAAAGCUUCAAAGACUCCAAGGAGAUGACUCAAAAGCUCAGAGACUCAGAUUGGUCUGAAAGCUAUGACAAAGCAAGAAGGGACCACCCUUCUUAUUCUUUAAAUUCCAGCUCCUUAAGAAAGCUUGAGGAGAGCAAAGAAGUUAGCCAUUUCGAAUAUGAGGCUAGUUCAUAUAGAAGCCAUUGUUUUUCUGGCUGAUUUGAAGAAGAGAAGUGGUCAAUCCCUUCUUUAAGUCCUAAUGAAGAAGAGAAGCACUUUUCAGAUAAGAGCUCUAAUUCUGAUCAAAUUGAUGAAGUCCAAAUUAUUCAGAAAGAGGAUUAUGUACUUGAGCCAAUGAAGCCAAAGGCGGUUUACAAAGGGAUCCAGAACAAGCACAAUAAAUCAGUGAAUAAUUGAUUUAUGAUAGUUAUCCUUCAGAUGCUCUUCUCCAUCCCUGAGUUUACAGACUACUUAGAAGGGCACAAAUCAGGCAUAGGUUUGGCUCUUGGAAACUUCUUUACUCUGAACUUUAAGGAGAUAGUUAGGAAUAAACCAUUUACUUCUCAAAUGGCGAAACUAUUCGAAACUUAUGCCAGAUCUAAGACUCGAACAAUAAAGGUUAUAAAAUUCAGACAACUAUCGGAAAGAGAGUUUCAUCCAAAUCAUCAGCAUGAUGCUAGUAAAUAUAUGCUUCACUUGUUUGAAAGCUUACAGAAUGAGCUUAAUCCUGCUGAUGCCUCUUACCCAUCCUCAAAUCAUACCAAUCCUGUUGAUGCAUGGAAGGAAUACCAAGAGUCUCAUACUUCCAUCAUUGACGAACUCUUUGUUGGAAUGUAUGAGACAGUCUUCAAAUGAGACUUAUGUACAUUCGAGAAAGAGGUUUAUGAGGAGUUCAAGAAUAUUCCUAUUCCAAUAGAAUAUGGCAGAACAGGACCAACGAUCGAUAAGUUUUUUCAAGACUCCACAGAGACUUGAUUUUCUGAAUUUGAAUGAUCAUGAUGAAACAAUCAAGGCACUUGAGCAAUAAUCAAGAGGGUAGUCAAGACUCCAAAAUAUCUUAUGUUGUCUAUCCAAAGAUUUGACCAAGGCUUUCAAAGAAAGAGCAAUGAUAUUGUCUUGUAUCCCAAUGAAUUCUCUUUGAAAGAACAUAAAGGAGAAGAGAUCAAAUACAGUCUAAGGGCUGUAAUCUGUCAUUCUGGAGAUCUAAAUUGUGGCAACUACUAUGCUUACUGUAGAAGAGGCCUCAACUGGUAUUAUUUCAAUGACGAGGAUGCUUUCUCAUGCAGAUAUGAGGAGGUAGACCCAGAAAAUGCAUAUAUGUUGGCUUAUGAAGCUCAAAUAUAAUAUAUCAA